AUGGCCGUACGAAAUACUUUCUGUCGGAAAGUUGCGUUCAAUACUACUAUAAGAGGCUCAAGAUCCAUAAGCUCCCACACCGAGGACACCACCAAUGUGUGGAAAUUGAACGUUGAAGACGACAUCCGGUACUGGACUGGCUACCUUUCCACCAGACCAAAGUACACGACCGAGUUCUAUGACCUCAUUUAUGCCUAUCACGAUGCACAUAGCAAUUGUUCCAAUCUGGCGCAUGACGUGGGUGCCGGACCAGGUCAGGUCUCAGCGAAGCUUGCCAAGAGAUUCAAACAUGUGGUUGUUAGCGAUAACAAUCCAAACCAUGUCGAUUUCGCGCUCUACCAGCUUAAAAGCCAGCAGGGUCAUCCUGGAGACUCAUCCUUCUCCUUCAAAGUCGCCAGAGGUGAGGAACUAGGCGGGCAGUACGCAAGCGGUUCGGCGGACUUGGUGGUGUGCGCACUCACUUUCCCGCUUCUAGAUACUGAGGCUGCACUGCGAAGCUUCCACACGCUCCUUAAACCCGGGAGCACACUAGCAAUCUGGUUUUAUGGACGAGCACACUUUGCAGAGCCCGAGUACGCGUCUCGCUGUCAACCUCUUCUGGAUACGAUAACUGAUCAUCACUUUCGACGCGUGAUUCAAGCUGACAAUAUGGCGCCUGCCACCCGCGCGAGUUGGAAGCGAACGGCCGAUGGCAUCGCUAGCUGGUUGGACUAUAUACCUUUCCAUGAGUCUGACUGGAUUGACGUUGAGCGCCGGAAGUGGAAUUCAAGCUGGACAACAAUGGGCUUCUUCACGAAUCGGGCGUGUGGGUUUCCAGUGGAGCCAGUUAGUCGAGUUACGCCGCGGGAGAAAGUGCUAGAGAUCGAGGACCCUGAACUUUGGCGAAAAGACUGGACGGUGGAUCAAUUAAAGUCCUUUGCCAAUCACAUCUUCCCUUUUCCCUAUAUCGAUGAGGAGUCGGUGCGGCCGGUAUGGAAGCGGCUGCAAUGGGAAAUGGGAGGGGCACACGCCAAGCGAGCCUUCUCCUGGCCAGUAGCGCUAACAUUGGCGUCAAAACGUUGA